GAGUAACCUUGACUAAUCCUAAAAAUAUAGCGCGAGGAUUAAUUUCGCCUGUGCUUUCCAUGAUGUUUCGUCCGGCAGGAUACGAUGAUUCGGAGGAAGAUGAAUUUGACGAAUAUGGUUACAUCUCGGAUUUUAAACCAAAGAAAAUCAACUGGAUGACCGAGAUACAACAAACGACUACUGAAGAUUACGAUGCUUUGCUGUACGAUGCCAUCAUGGAUGAUAACCUAGACGAAACGAAACGCGUCUUACAGCUAGCCGGGGAUCUACGUGCCGGUGCGUGUCUUCGUCAGGGCUGGCCAGCUUUAUUUUAUGCAUGUUACGAGACAAAAUUUGCUAUCGUGCAGUACCUCUUGGCGGCAGGAAUCGACGUCCAGCGUUCCUAUAACCUACAAACAGCGCUAAUGGUAGCGUGCAGCUCCCCGAAACCCACCGAACAAGUGUAUUCAAUCGUGCGUCUGUUACUGGAAAAUGGUGCCAUCGUUGGCGUUUUGGAUCGGUAUGGAUGGUCACCGUUGAUGUUCGCCUGCAAGGAAGGUCAUUUGGAAGUGGUAAAAGAAAUUAUAGGAGAAUCUUCUCUUCUUUCGGUGGACAAUGAAGGAAAUACGGCACUUUUUCAUGCAGUAAAAAACAAUCGCUUGGAAAUCGUUAAAGUUCUUCUUCGGGCUGGCGCACCGACAAACAUCGUCAACCGGGAAGGUUUUACCCCGAGACAAUGUGCCGUAACGGCAAAUUACAUGGACAUAGCGGAUCUGCUGCCAGCAGAGGAGGAUUGUUACGAACUACCCGCAAAGUACAUGACCUAUAAAAAUUAUCGGGAUUUCAUUCACGGCGAGACGGAGCAGGACCACCCCGAAUAUUCCCCAGAGAUAGGAAUUAUGCUGUUUGGCAUGCACAGUGAAAAUAAUAUCCGUUUUGUUGCUCAGGCAAAUAUGAAUCUGUUCGAGCUGCUCACCGUCACGGACGAACGUUUGCAAGAGAUAGGCAUAAAGUACCCUAUAGAGCGUAAGAGAAUUCUUCUUGGUCUCUACGACUUUCAUCGCCAACCAUGGUCAAAAAAUAGCCUGUGGACUUCGUCGAAUUCGGACGCUCUCGAUUGUUACGAUGUGCAAGAAUCUCUAGGAAAUAUGUUGAGGCAGCUGACAGUAAUCCAUGGAUCAGUGUUGUACACCAAAAGUCUCACAUCUGGAUACGAUCCGGAAGUGUUCGCAAAAGUGUUGCAAAAAUCUAAACUGCUGGGCAAGUUGGAGGAAUUACGAACGUCGAUAGGAUUGUUGCAAAACCAACUGACUGAGAUUCACAAACUGUCCUCUCCCAAACCGGUACUGCAUAUUACGAAGCAGGACACAAAACAUAGUAUUUCGUACAAAGCCCUUAGUAUUGGUGCCUGUGUAUUCGUUGGCUCGAUAGCAAUAUGCAUAAGACUACGGUAUAAGUUACAAAGCUGAUGAAUUAUGUGAAGCAUUAUAGUUCCUUGUAUUUGUUAAGUUACGCCAUAUGUUGAAGGCAGAAUAUUUGGAAAAAUGAGAUAGACGAAAAGAA